GUGGAAUUUAUAAAGUUUAUUGGUAUUUUAACAAUUAUGACAUAUGUAAAAUGUACUAAUAUUCGUGAUUAUUGGUCCAUUAAACAAGAAACAGCAAGGGUUUCAUUGGUAUUUGGUCAAUAUAUGGUGUAUCAACGAUUUCGAAAUAUUAUAAAAUAUUUGAAAUUAAUGGACGCACGGAAAAAUGAUGAUCCCUUUCACUUUGCACAGCAGUUUCACGACGUAUUUAAUGAAAAUCUUACGAAGGCUAUUCUACCUGAUCCAUACUUUUGUAUGGAUGAAUCAAUGUCCUUUGCAGAUGCUCAAAUUAAUUUGUUUUUAAGACUAGACCCAGCAGAACCUUCGGAAUAUGCUAUUAAAAAAAAAUUUUCGGAUCAAUACCCAGCAACCGUCGCAUCUAUGUUAAGAUUAGUAGAACCAUGGUUUCAUAACUAUACUUAUAGAUCAUCCGUUAGUCGAACUUGCAAAAUAAAUAAUGUUGAUUUAGCCAUAUGUUCAAUUUGUGACCGAAAAGAUAUUGUACUACUUUCCAGUUACUCUACAACUACUCUUGGAACAGAAGUGAAUCAGUAUAUUAAGGGUUCUGGUGAUGUAAAAUUCUGUCGGCCUGUUGUAUUUAAUGAAUACAAUGAAUUCAGGUUAGCCGUAAACAUAUUAAAUAAUUUAUGUGAUAAUGCUCUUUUAUAUCACAAUGUUCUUGUCUCAAAAUAUUCUGUAGAUCAUAUUUUUGCCUUUUACCGUUCAGUUGUGGAAGCAAAUAGCUUCUCUGCAUAUUAUCGGUUUGUACUGGGAAAGAAAGACAUGAAACACGUUGAUUUUCUGACCUCACAAUCUCGAAACUCAAAAGCAAAUAUGUUCAAUGCCGAUGCAAAGGUUGUAGUAAAUGUACUUAUACCUGUUGUAGCUGUACAGUUUCACAAGGAAUGUGUUUAG